AUGACAAACCCUUAUGAUCCUCGUAAUCUAGCUGCACCGAUCAUCCAUGCCGAUGAAUGGGGAUACCCUUACCAAUUUCACACUCCACCACUUCUCACUCACUUAUCUCGUUUGUUGUCUUUAUCAACUUCACCACAUUUACCCUCGUCACACCCGUUAUCGACUUUCUCCAAAGAACAUGCAACGAACCCAGUAGAAGAGCAAGUCAAAAUUCCCACAGAAAAGUCGAAAGUGUAUGAUGGCCCUUUGGUCGAUGAUGGGAAUGAGUUGGGUAUGCCAGGUUUAGUGGUCAGUAUAGAAAGUGAUGCGGUUGAUUUCGGUUGGUCAAAUUGGCGCGAAGUAGGUCUUUCCAGGGCAGUACAAAUCACGCAAUGGACAUUCAUGGCCAGACCUGGACAUCCAGUAUUCUUAGAUGCUCUAGGUAGAACAUUGAGGAAAUCAGAAGAGAAUGAAAUAAAAGCUAAAGAAGCCAAAGAGAAAGGAGAAGCAUUCGUAUCUGAAACUGCUCUCGAGUGGACAGGUCCAGGUGUAUUCUCAGAUUGCGUAUAUCGAUAUCUGUUAGCUAGAUACGGAUUCAAACCCUCGGACCUGAUACAUACAAAAGAACCUAUCAGAGUUGGAGAUGUCUUGAUACUUCCACCUGGAUCAUUCUCUAGUGUCAGCCCGUUCACAGAUGAAGAACAACGUCCAUGGGCAGCAAGUUUCCAUGGAUUUUUAGGUCGAUGGAGAGAAUCCGACCCUGCGGUGCAAGAAUUCGAAAGACUGAAAAAGAUUAAAGAAGAAGCUGAGGAAGCCGCGAAAACAGCGACCGAAGAAAUUCAAGAAAACUUGAGCCGAACUCGAAGGAGAGAAUAG